UAUGACAUCAAUGUACCAAACGCGUACUCGCCGGUCUCUGCGCACUUUUUGUUAAUAAAUUCAAAGUCUUGUACAAAAUAUUUGGAAAAACAUUUCAAAAGUAUCGCAAACGGACUAGUAUGUUUUGCUGUGUUUAACUAUAUCAUUUUUUACGGAAAAGUUCUCAUGAAUCCGAUCAAACCAACGUGUACUAAGUCAAAACAAGGAAAACUCGAUUCAAAAAUCUAUCAGCUUGCGAAACACGUGCUCGAAGAAUCAGCUGUUGAGUUUGAAAGAGAAAACAAAUUUUCUGACGACAAUCUUCUAAAGCUGUUCGACGUGUUUGGUGGAGUUAUAGAACGAGCAUUAGAAUUGUACGAAUCCGGUUCUGUCACCCGGAUCUCCGCUACAAAGGCUGAUCAAACCGCGACAAUAGCGGACAAACACUUAUCUCGUUCGGUUCUCCAAGUUGAAGGCCAUUCUGGCGAAGCUUACAUGAUUUAUUCUGAAAUUAAUUUCUGUCCGUGUCCUGCUUUCAGGUAUCAAGUUCUUCGAGAACACUCGGAGUUGACUUGCAAACAUGUUCUCGCUGCUUGGCUGGCUUCUGUAGAUACUCAAAAAUUGGUCACCAAAUUGAUUUCUCCAGAUCAAUUUAAGAGUUUGCUGCUCUAUCAAUUUUCCAAGGAGCAACAUGAGCCAACUGUCCAAUGAUUAUGUUUUUGCCGCAAAAUUAGGAAAUCUCAAAACCUUUGUCCAACUACUCAGAUCUGUUAACUUUAAACCGGAAGCAACAUGCUCAGCUUCGGAUACAGGUUUGAGAGUAACAGUUGAAGACUCAAAAUGUAUGCAAGGAAGUUGUUACAUUCCUAGCGAAGUAUUUGAAGAGUAUAAUUUGAAGGAGGAUGUAAGAUUCAAGAUAAACUUAAUAAUACUGGUGGAAUGCUUAGGAAUGUUUUGGAGCAGUGUGUCAAAUCAGGGAACAAGCAUUGCUCUUCAGUUGUUUUACAAAGGCACUGGUCAUCCAGUAUCAAUUCUGAUAGUCGAGGACGGUGCUGUAACUGAUUGUUCUUUAAAGACCCAGCAUCCAGAUGAACUCAUAGACUUCCACUUAGGUCCGGAGUCUGUCUAUAACAGAAUCGUCUUACAAACUGAGUUAUUGAGGGACUUUUUGAAUGAAGUGGAUCCAACCAGCGAGGUCAUGGAGCUGCAUCUUGCACCUGACCCUCCAUAUUUUAGAAUAAGUACACAUGGUUUGGGAGGUUUGUGUAGGAUAGAAUUGCCGCACGAUAGUGAUUUGGUCAGUUACUUCAAAUGCAAAGGGCCAACAACAUUUGGUUAUAAAUUUUCACACAUCAGACCUACAAUGAAAGCGCUGAGUUGCGCAAGCAAAGUAUCAAUCAGGACCGACGAAUAUGGAUUAUUAUCUUUCCAAUACAUGGUUAAGAGUGACAAUGGAACGCUCUGUUACGUAGAAUAUUAUAUUUCACCAGUCAUUGAUGACGACUAAAUCAAUAGUGUAUAAAGCGAAGGAUUACAUUACAAAUGUUCAUUUACGUGUUGUGUUAAAUAAAUAAUAAUAAAAAACUUCAGAUUGA